ACGUAGAAGCCCGAUUAAUCACAUAGGCAAUAAGCUAUUAUUCGGUUUUCACUCUCAGUUUUUCGAGGCGUGAUGUAGCAAGAAGCUAGACAGCGGGGAAUGUGAAGAUGGUUCGUCUGGCUGACGUUCCUCCGUGCGUUUUCGGCGGCGCAUGCAGUGUCGGGCUGGUUGCCGUGGGUUACUCUUCCCGCCGCUCAGCCUUUUCUCCUCCGUGGUUUUCCCUGUGCGGUGAGAUUCGGAGCCCUGUUCUCCCCUCCUCCAGACAUCACAUCCGGGUCACUUCCCUGCAACUGCAAGAGAAUCUGCUCCUCCACCGUUACAGGGAAACGCAGCCGUAGCCAGCUGCUGUGUGCGAUAGCUGGCAUGGACAUUAACACUGGCAUCCAGCGUAUUUAAAAACGUCAAGCAUCUAUUCAGGGGCAGGCGAUACCCGGAGCGAGGGGAAGGAUAACAACUUAUUGCAUGGGCGCCCUCAUGUAAUAUUCAUCUUUUUCCAGCAAUGUCCAAAACCUUGAAAAAGAAAAACCACUGGACCAACAAAGUCCACGAGACCGUCCUUUGCAGGAAUAAAGAAGGCGAGCUCGGGUUCGAGCUGAAGGGAGGCGCCGAGAACGGCCAGUUCCCGCAUCUCGGAGAGGUGAAGCAGGGCAAAGUGGCCUGUCAGAGCGGCAAGCUGUCCCAGGACGAGCUGCUUCUGGAGGUCAAUGACACGCCGGUGGCCGGACUCACCAUUCGGGAUGUGCUCGCCGUCAUUAAACACUGCAAGGACCCCGUCCGCCUCAAGUGUGUCAAACAAGGUGGUGUUGUUGAUAAAGACCUACGUCACUACCUCAACCUGCGCUUCCAGAAGGGGUCAGUGGACCACGAGCUGCAGCAGAUCAUCCGAGACAACCUGUACCUCCGCACCGUCCCCUGCACAACUCGGCAGCCCAAGGAGGGGGAGGUUCCUGGCGUGGAUUAUAAUUUCGUGACCGUUGAGCGUUUUAUAGAACUGGAGAAGAGUGGAGCCUUACUAGAGAGUGGAACCUAUGAAGAUAACUAUUACGGCACACCCAAGCCCCCCGCGGAGCCCACUCCCCUGCUGCUGAAUGUGACAGACCAGCUGUUGCCGGGCGCCAGACCCAGUGCCGAGGGGAAGCGGAAGAGGAACAAGUCCGUGAGCAACAUGGAGAAGGCCGGCAUCGAGCCUCCGGAGGAGGAGGAGGAGGAGAGGCCCGUCGUCAACGGCAACGGCGUCGCCAUAACCCCAGAAUCGAGCGAGCAGGAGGACAAAAGCACCGACGUGUCGGGGGAAAUGGCCCCCCAGCCCUGCCCGGGCGAGGCAUCCACCUUCGCCCCCACAGAGGCACCCAGAGAGGAGGGGGAACCCCCCGCAUCGCCCCCAAAACCCGAGGAGAACGAUGACCUGGGACCCCUGCCAGACAACUGGGAGAUGGCCUACACUGAGAAGGGAGAGGUCUACUUCAUAGAUCAUAACACUAAGACGACGUCGUGGUUGGAUCCUCGGCUGGCGAAGAAGGCAAAACCGCCGGAAGAGUGUAAAGAGGAUGAGCUUCCAUACGGCUGGGAAAAAAUUGAUGACCCAGUUUAUGGCAGUUACUAUGUGGAGUCCCGCAGCCACAUAAACAGAAGGACGCAGUUUGAGAACCCCGUCCUGGAGGCCAGGAGGCGUCUGCAGCAGCAGCAGCAAAUGCAGAGCCAGGGGCUGUCCCUCUCGUCCAUCUACAGAGUUGAGGAGGGCCCCUCCUCAGCGACCUUACCUAGACCCAAACUGGCUCGCUUGGGCCCCGCCCCCGAGCGUUCCCGCAGUCUCACCGACCUAUCAGAGUUUCCCGAGGAGAAGGCAGGAGUGUUCGGCCUGCAUGAGAAGCCUCUGUUCACGCGGGACGCGACGCAGCUGAAGGGGAACUUCCUGUCCACCACGCUGCAGAAGAGCACCAUGGGAUUUGGAUUCACCAUCAUCGGCGGCGACGAGCCCGACGAGUUCCUGCAGGUGAAGAGCGUCAUACCGGAGGGCCCGGCCGCGCAGGACGGGAAGAUGGACACAGGCGAUGUCAUCGUCUACAUUAAUGACGUCUGUGUUCUGGGGACCACGCACGCAGACGUGGUGAAGCUGUUCCAGUCGGUGCCGAUUGGUCAGAGUGUGACCCUGGUGCUGUGCCGGGGUUACCCCCUGCCCUAUGACCCCGAGGACCCUGGCAGCGGGGUGCCCCCGCCGAUGGGCUUGGGGGAGCGCCCCCUGAUGGUCAACGGGCGCAGCAACUACGACACCUACAUGGACUACGUUUCCCGGACCGCGCGGUUCGUUCAGGACCACGGGGACCAGCUCUCGGCCCCUCCCCUUUCCCACCCCGGCGACACCCACCUGGACGGCUCCCUGCCGGGCCCCGCCCCCCACGAGGACAGCGUGUCGAUGGCGUCGUCGGGGGCGACGCAGGCGGAGCUGAUGACGGUCACCAUGGUGAAGGGGGCGGACGGCUUCGGGUUCACCAUCGCGGACAGCCCCACGGGGCAGCGGGUGAAGCAGGUGCUGGAGCCGCAGGGCUGCCCCGGGCUGUGCGAGGGGGACCUGAUCCUGGAGAUCAACCAGCAGAGCGCCCAGGGCCUCAGCCACACCCAGGUGGUGGACCUGCUGAAGGACUGCGCCGUGGGGGCGGAGACUGCGCUGCUCAUACAGAGAGGCGGGGCGGGUCAGUUUUCACCCUGGAAGACCCCUAAACAGGUGCUGGAGCAGUGGGACCUGCAGGGCAGUCCCCAGACCAGCCUGUCGGCCCCCGUCCUGCCCCACAGCGCCCCCUACCCCGCCCACCUCCUCCACCGAGCUUCGGUGCCAGACUCCGCCGAAGGCUUCGACCUGAGCAAGCCCGACCCCUACGACCUGUACGAGAAGUCCAGGGCCAUCUACGAGAGCAGGCAACCUGGCCCACUAAACACUGCCGCUGGAAUUGCUGCUUCAGGGCUGGAGUACCAGGAGCUGGAGGUGCACCUGAAGCGGCAGAAGUCCGGGUUUGGGUUUCGGAUCCUUGGGGGUGAUGAGGCGGGCCUCCCUGUGAGUCUGGAGACUUGUGACAAGAUCCUGAUUGGGGCGAUCAUCGAGAACAGUCCCGCGGACCGGGACGGGCGUCUGAAGCCGGGGGACGAGCUGGUGUCCGUGGACAGGAUCCCCGUGGCGGGACAGACGCACAGAUACGUCAUCGACCUGAUGCACGCCGCCGCCCGCAACGGUCAGGUGACCAUGACCGUGAGGAGGAGGGUCCAGUCUGCAGGUGAAGUGUGUCCAGAAAAUGGGCGGAGCCCCGGCGCGUUGUCGACGCAACACAGCUCGCCGAGGAGCGAAUUCGCAACGGCCACGUUUCCCAGCAGCGCCAGUGGUGCCCCUCCCCCGGCCCCCAGCUCCUCCCCCCCGGACCGGUUUCCUUCCCACAGCUUGCAGACCAGUGAUGUCAUCAUCCACCGGAAAGAGAAUGAGGGUUUCGGAUUCGUCAUAAUCAGCUCACUGAACAGACCAGAGACCAGCGCCACUAUCACUGUGCCCCAUAAGAUCGGCCGCAUCAUCGAGGGCAGCCCGGCCGAUCGCUGCGGGAAGCUGAAGGUGGGGGACCGCAUCCUGGCGGUGAACAGCCAGUCCAUCAUCAGCAUGCCGCACGCCGACAUCGUCAAGCUCAUCAAGGACGCGGGCCUCAGCGUCACCCUGCACAUCGUCCAGCAGGAAGAGCUGCACAGCCCUCCCUCAGCACCCAGCUCUGAAAAGCAAAGCCCCAUGGCCCAGCAUCACAGUCCUGUAACCCAGCCGAGUCCUGUAGCACAGCCCAGCAUAGUGACCCAAACCAGCACGGUCACCCAACCCAGCAUGGCGACCCAACCCAGCAUAAUGACCCAACCCAGCACAGUGAGCCAACCCAGUGCGGUCACCCAACCCAGCACGGUGACCCAACCCAGCAUGGUCACCCAACCCAGCACGAUGACCCAACCCAGCACAUUGACCCAGCAAAGCCCUGUUACCCAGGUCCCAACAGGCCCCGCCCCUGGUUCUGCCCCUGGCUCUGCCCCGCCUCCCCAGAUCUACGCCCACGACAGCAGGUCCGAGGUGAAAGCCAGGCAGGACGUGAAGCCAGACAUCCGACAGCCGCCAUUCACCGAUUACCGACAGCCUCCGGUGGACUACAGACACCCUCCUGUGGCGGAUUACCGUCAGCCCCCCACCAUGGACUACCGACAGCCCCCCAUGAUGGACUACAGACAGCACUCGCCUGAUGCACGCCAGUUCCCAAUCCCAGAUUACAGACAGCUACAGGACUUUGACUACUUCACAGUGGAUCUGGAGAAGAGCGUGAAGGGAUUUGGGUUCAGCAUCCGUGGGGGCAGGGAGUACAAGAUGGACCUGUUCAUCCUACGCCUGGCCGAAGAUGGGCCCGCCAUCCGCAACGGCAGAAUGAGGGUGGGGGACCAGAUCAUCGAGAUCAACGGGGAGACCACGCGCGAAAUGACUCACGCCCGCGCCAUCGAGCUCAUCAAGUCCGGCGGGCGGCGGGUUCGACUGCUGCUGAAAAGGGGGACAGGCCAGGUCCCCGAAUAUGUAGACAGCUCCGCCCCCCGAGACUCUCUCCCCUCAGCCUCCCCAAGCCUGUCGGAAGUAGCUCCGCCCCCCGACCAUCUCCUGACCACGCCUUCGCCUUCAUCUCAUCCUCUGGCCCUGCCCCCCGACCCCGGCCACGCACCGCCCCCGGACGCAGUGCAGGAGGGCAGAGGCGAGCGCGCCCACAGCCCCGCCCAGGACCCGCCCGGAUUGGGGAGGCAGGGCGGGAGUGGGCGGGGCCGGCACCGGGAGAGCGGGAGGUCCACCCGGAGAGGGGGAGGCGGGGCGGCGAGCGAGCAGCCGGGGGACCCCAAACCCCCGAAAACCACCAGGGGGAGGUCCCAGGAGACAGCGGCUGCUGGAGAGGGCAACGUCGCCCCCUGCAGGGAGAGGAAGGAAUCGACGCGGUCCCCGAAAGGCGCCGACGCCAGCCUGAACGGCGGUAGCGGUCGCCACGGCGCCGCGGAGCCGGCCCCGGACAGGCCUCGCCCCCCCCAGGCCGCCCGGAACGCCAGCGGCGGUGGCGGGAGCGGCGGCACGGCCAGCCGGAAGGCCACCGUGUCCCCCGGCCCAUGGAAGAUCCCGGGGUCCGACAAGCUGCCCAGUUCACUGCGGUCGGGACCCUCCACUGUGAGCAGAUAACGGCGCAAGCCCGCCAACAGGGGGCAGCGCUGCACCCCUCUGCCCCGCCGCCCCGCCCAGACACCCCUCCACGCCCGCCCCCCCCGCAAACACACGCGCUCUCCAUAUUCCUCUUCUUUCGUCGUUGCUUUUCUUUCCUUAAUCGAGGUUUUUAUUUAUGUUCCGCUUUAAAUUAUUUGUUUUCAAUGAGAUUACACCCGCCACCUUAAAGGAAAAGUUGGACGCGUCCACGAAAAAACACAAGAAGAAGGAAGAAAACGAACUGGACAUGUAGCGUGAUUGAGGGGGGGGGGGGAUGUUCGGCCCAAACGGAGGAACUUUAUUUCUCCCGGUCUCGGGAGGAAAAGCCCCUCGUUUGGCAGCGGUUGAUAUAGCGCCCAGCAGCCCGUCGGCACAGGAAACUGAGCUCAGCGUACCGGCGGAGUCACGACCAUAUCGCUCGCCACAGCCCUUUCUUUUCUUUGCGCGAUGGAAUGCGUUCUAUGAGGCGUGGCAGUGCUGGGGGGGGAGUGGGGGGGGGUCAAGAAAGAAAAGAGGAACUGAACAAAACAGAAUAUUCAUCAACAAACUGCCUUAAACCUGUACUGAAAUAGCACUGACCUGGAAGAUAUCUCUAAUCGUUCCGCUGACAAUAUAGAUAUAUACAUAUAUUAUAUGAAUAUGUGAACGAGUAUGUAAAUACGAUCAUCUCUAAAUAUAUCUGGGUGAGCUAGUGGUAGUUCUGAGACGUAUGUGUUAGAUCUGCUGCAGACACGUAAGGACACAGAGAUCUGAAAAAUCCAUCUCUCCAUAACCUGUGCGUUCUGUGAUUCAGCUUCAGGUCAGUGUGGCAUUAUCUUGUUCAAACAAAAAAAAAAAAAACGACGACGAAAAAAAAAAAGAAAGACAAACUUGGUUUCUGAAGGUCCUCUCUUU